GGAUCAUAUAGAACAGUAGACUUGUCAAUUGUGCUUGAGAUUGAAAAGACACCAGCUGUAGCAUUGUUACUAGUGAUUGUGAUUAAAAAGAUAUUGGUGACUAUAUCAGUAUCUGAAAUUGCAAAACUUGUGAUGAUU